AGUUCCAAGAGGAAAGAAAUAUUUUCCCGUGAUUGAUGAACGCUCUCCCUUGUUCUUUCGAUCUUGUGUUCAUUUUGAUGCUGAUCUGUCUUGUCCCUCUUUCUGUGAAGUGAUUCAACAUUUUCCAAAGCUCCUGACAAUUGUCAAGUGAACUCUCAUCUUAUUAUUGUGAUCGAGUGUGAAUUUUGAAGUGACUGAUUGAACAGGAACAAGGAUGGAGCAGAGACGAGUGUUUCUAUCAGGUGCGGUCAACGGCCUUUGGCCGUCAGCAGCCCAACCAUGGAGUUGUCGAGUUCAGGCCAUGGGCCUGGGAAAGAGUCCGUCACUCUACUAAGUUACGCCUGUAAUCGAAGUGGGGCGAGACCAUCGAGGUACAACCCGAAGAGCAAGUGUACCACCUCCUACAAUAGUGGGGCCGUACCCCCCGUGGUGGCCAAGAAAUCCGACAAGUUCUUCAAGACUUUUCGGAGACGUAGCAAAAGUGCAUCUCGAUUGCAGCGAGAUCAGAAUUCGCCCGAUUUUCGGGGUAGCGAUUGCUCUUUAAAUACCCUGGGCUUUGACGACGACGAAGACCGUGGAGUCGAUCCGGAUCUGAAUAAGUUGACCUACAGUCUCAACGGACGGGAACGUGGGCCAGCCAGCCACCCUAGUCAUCCGGAGGCCCCCAAGAAGCCGGAUCGUGUAACUUUGGUCGGAUUUGCCAGCCAUUGUGAGUUGGAUCGCUUUGGUGUGGACGACCUCGCCUUGUCUCCCACUCGCCACAGUCCGAGAGUUGCCCGACGCCGAUUUGGGCGAAAGGGCGUUGCCUCGCUCGACUUUGGGGGCAGCACUUCCAAUCUGGUCAUGAGUGAUCAGCAGAAUCGAUCCAAUUUUACCAACCUGCGCACCUCUCGAGAUGUCAAAAUGGAGCGAGAACGCCUCCGACAGGAGAAAAUGAGCCAAUUCAAACAAGAGUCCAGAGAUCUCUUCCAAAAGAUGAAACAGGAGAGCUUCGAGUCAUUCCUUAACGAGACCGGUCAGAGGCCCCCAUUAUUGAGUGGGCCCUCACUCUUUGAGGAGAGGCUUCGGGCCCUGGAGUUGGCUAAUGACACCGAUGGCUUCGGGCAAUUAGUACAAGAAAAUCAUGAGCGUUUCUUGCAACUCGUGCGUGAACAACGAGCUUCGGCCUUCGCCUCUCGGCUUUCACCUUCUCCAACGCUCUUUGGACGAGGAGGAGGAGGAGGAGGUGGGGGCAGACUCUCGUCCUCGCCUGCUCUCUCCUCCGAGGAGGCCGCCGCCGUCGCCACCACCACCACUACCGCCACCUCCUCUAGGUCUUCAAGCAGGGGUGAAGGGUUGAUGGACUCUCGAACUUUAGCCAACAACAAUAGUCGUCAGCCUCGAGCGAGAGGAGGAGGAGCAGACCACGCGUCCUCCGAGGGCCACCACCCCAAGCCAAGAGUGCAUCACAUUCAAAUCCAGAGGGAAAAUCUGAGUUGCGAGGUGGACAACAACAGUGGACAAGUCUUGCUCAGGAAGGAAUCCGACUCGAAGUUGGAGAUCAUAGUGAAAGACGAAAACCCGGGUCUGGCCCAGACCCGCAGUGAACCUGUGAUUAGGGAGAUUGAGGUCCAAGUGGCCGGGAAGAAUAGUACAGAGAGACUCCCAACGAGUAUUAGUUGUGAUAAGGCUCCCACUAUCGCGGACUGUGAGCAUUUUAGUGAUGUCGGAAGCUAUUGCUCGGAUGAUGACGAUGAUGUGAGUGAACAUGAAGGGGACGAGUCUCGAGUAACUGACCUAAAAACACCUUCAACCUCUUCGACGAUCACGUUGAAUAAGUCGAGCAGUCAGGAGUUGUUCGGAGAUUGCGGGACGAGUGAAUUGCAACACAAUCAUAAUAGUAAUAACAACAACAACAACAAUGAGCCCGGUGUCAUUAUUCCAUGUGAAGUGAUCCGGUCCAAGGCGACCUUCUCCUCGUCUCUUCAAUCAAACAAAGCAAAGAAACCUGAUCAUCUGAGUUCAGUUGGCCAAGACGACAACAACAGUUCAAGUGUGCAAAGAAGUUUAUCCUCAUCCAGCCGAUUAUCCAGCUCAAGUUCAGGAUUCUCAUCCGGAACAAGUGAAACAUUUAAUCAACCACCUCAUAGUGGGGCAGGCCCCAAUCCGGGCCUCGCACCUCAAAAGCUUCAAGGUGCCUUCGAGAAGCGGUCAGUUGCCUAUUACCAUCCCACCUUCACCAAUCAUCUCGGAUUUGGCCGAUUGGGCACGGGCUUGCGGGCCAAAACCCAGAGCUCGUCCGACGUCUACCAAUUCCGACGCGAGUCUCUCCAAAGCUUUGGUAACUUUCCGACCUUCUCUCCACCAUUUCCGCUACUUAUCUCCUCGGGAAGCUCUCUGUUGGGCAAAAGAGCCAAUGGGGUAGGCGGUGGUGAAUCGAAUUCAUCGGGUGGGAAACUGAGUUUCCCAAACUCGAAGGGAUCAAUUACAUCGGCUAGUGCCUCGAACAUCAUGCUGUCUAACGGCAAAGUGCUCCACCAUCAGAACGAACACAAUCUACUCGUGACAAAAUCCAAGUCUUCGACACUCGAGUCGAACUCAUCGACAAGCUCUGGCGAGUCGAGUGGUGGAAGUAGCCAAGGAUCGAGUCGUGGAAGCAGUGGCAGUGAUGGGAAUUCGGCGAGCUACAGAUUCACAUCGGAUGAGAUGACGGAGGCCAUGGCUGCCCGAUAUGGCGACUCCGAGACCGAAAGCGAGGACGAGGAUGACGACGACCUCAUGGAUUCGGUUUCUGUAGUGGCAGCUCGAAAUGCUGUGACUAUCGCUUCCUUGACACAUACCAAGGACACGGAUAGUGGACGUGGGGAGAGCCCGGAGUCACUAUCCGGAGGUCGGGUCGUUUUGCGGCCCAAAACUACUCCCAAAGGCCCUCGUCCUAUUAGCGCCGUACCCAGCGAGUAUAGCGAUAUCAGCACCAGUUCUUGCCGAAGUUCGGAUGGAGGCGGAGACCAUGUGGAAGAAGCCUGUCCUCCCACGCCCAUUCUCAGCCCUAAGGAAUCUUUGAUUGAGGAGCCAAUUGCACAUGAAGAAGAGGAGGACUAUGCCUCGAAAAUGAAACGGGUGCGGAUGAUCGCCAUGGAGCUAUUAACGACUGAGGAGCAAUAUGUCCAGAUCCUUCAUCUCAUUGACCAAGUCUUCCACUUCCAAGUGGAUCAGGAGAAUCGCUCUCAAAACUUGUUUCCUCCGGAAACCAUCCCACAAAUGUUUGCAAAUAUCAAAUCCAUCUAUCAGUUCCACGAGGAAUUUCUUCUUCCCCAGCUGCGAGAAAGAAUGGCCGAAUGGGAUACUUCCGACCAUCAGCAAAGAAUUGGUGAUAUCAUCGUCAAAUUCUCCCCCUUCUUCAAAAUGUACACAGAGUAUGUGAAGAACUUUGAUAAUGCCAUCAGCACCAUUAAUAACCUGUACCAAAAGAACUCAAAAUUUGCCAGCAUAAUGGACAAAAUUCAUGCUAUGCCUGAGUGCAGGAGUCUAUCUCUUCAGCACCACAUGCUCACUCCAGUUCAAAGGAUUCCUCGCUAUGAAAUGCUUUUGAAGGGCUACCUUCACAAACUUCCUCAAGAUUCUCCUGAUCGAGAAAAUGCCGAAAAGGCACUCCACUUGGUUUCUACUGCAGCAACUCAUGCCAAUGAAGCCAUGCGAAGAAUUGAGAAGUUCAAACAACUCCUGGAAGUUCAAGAGAGUUUAGGGGGUACAGUGGAUUUAGUAUCCCCCACCCGUGAGCUAGUCAAAGAGGGCAAGAUGGUGAAAAUUUCUGCAAGAAGUGGCGAUCAUCAGGAUCGAUACAUAUUUUUGUUCAGUGAUAUAAUCCUGCUUUGCUCACAAAGGUUGAUUGCCAACCGAGUGAUUGCAGGGAAUGGGGCCAUCUACAAAUUGAGAGCCAGAUUUGAUGUGGACAACAUCCAAGUCCUUGAAGGCGAUAAUCUAGUCACAGCCAAUACUUUCUACAUCAAGGAUGACAAGAAAUGUGUGGAACUGUACACACAGACCAGGGAAGAAAAGAGAUCUUGGCUCGAAGCCUUAUAUCGAACCAUGGAGGAGCUCUAUCAGAAGAAAUCAUCGUUGAGGGUGGGAAUUGAUCGAGAGACUCUGCGACCCUUGGACCACGAAAUUGGAGUGGUCAAGCCGAAUGUGGCCCCCAAAGCGGAGAGUUGUCAGAAAUGCAUGAGAUGCGGCCACCCUUUCACCAUGAUGAGGAAGAAGCAUCAAUGUCGAGCUUGUGGAAUUGUGAUAUGUUCCAAGUGCUCGAAUCAGAAGUUUCCGUUGGCAUUUGAGGGUAACAAACUAUGUCGUGUGUGUCGGACUUGUUACGAGGUUCUCGUGAAUAACCAGAAGAGGAUGCUCAGUGAUGCUGAAAAAGCCAGAGCACAGAGCCACGAACAUCAGUCGAUUCCUGAAAAUAGCAUUCCUGACGUGGCUGUCCGUCCGAAAGGCCUUUUGGAGGUCCCGGGGAACUCUCCUUGCAUUCACAAUGGGUAUAUGGUUCUCAAGGGUACACCGGGUUCAUCCUCUUCCAUGAUGUCAGGGUCCAACAUGGUUUCUGCGGUAGUGGGCACUAACCUAAUGGCCCUCCCGUCAUCAAUGACCCACAAAACGGGCUCAAAGCGAUGGUUCGUUCUUCUCUAUGACUUUGUGCUCUACUCCUUUAAAGCCCAAAAUGACUCGGUGGCCUUAACGGCACUGCCUUUGCCCGGAUACACCGUGUCCAUGGGCUUGGAAGACCUUCAGCAUGACCCCGCCGUUCUGGAGAAGGACAAAGAACGGACCAUUCGCAUCCAGCGCAGUUCACUCUGUCACUCGACUCCUUCGACCACCUCAUCGACGACAAACGUGAACCAGAAUAACGGCGGUCAGCCAAUGGGGCAUGCUUCCUUCAAGAAAGUCUAUUAUCUUGUGGGGUUAAAUGUAGAGGACACUCGCAGAUGGUUUGAAGUACUUGAAUUGGCCUCUCGAGCCGAGCUUCCGAGUUGUUGUUCUGCAGACAAUAGCCAAUAAAAAUGCCAGUGAUUUCUCAGUCAAAAACUCCGUAACAGUUUGUCAAUGUGAUCUCAGAACCAAUAAACCACAAAACUCUACUGGAUCAA